AGGGGCGCGCGGCAGGCCCGCCCGGAGCCGCCGGGGGUGCACGGAGCCCGCGUCCCCGCGUCCCCGCGGCCUCGUCGCCCGCCCCGGUGCCGUACCUGUGGGAGAACGGAGCCAGUCGGCGCCUAAGGGAGCGAGCGGUGGUUGGCCCCGGGGGGACUCGGGAAACCGGAGAAGCCGCGGGAACCCGCUGGGGAUGCGAAGGUGACGCCGCCGGGGGGCGCCACUCGCUUUGUGGGGAAGAUGCUCGCCUACUGCGUGCAGGAUGCCACCGUGGUGGACGUGGAGAAGCGGAGGAACCCCUCGAAGCACUACGUGUACAUCAUUAAUGUGACCUGGUCUGACUCCACAUCCCAAACCAUCUACCGGAGGUACAGCAAGUUCUUCGACCUGCAGAUGCAGCUGUUGGAUAAGUUUCCCAUUGAAGGUGGCCAGAAGGACCCCAAGCAGAGAAUCAUCCCCUUCCUCCCAGGCAAGAUCCUUUUCCGGAGAAGCCACAUCCGAGAUGUUGCUGUGAAGAGGCUGAAGCCCAUCGAUGAGUACUGCCGGGCCCUGAUCCGCCUGCCUCCUCACAUCUCACAGUGUGAUGAAGUCUUUCGCUUCUUUGAAACCAGACCAGAAGAUGUCAACCCGCCCAAAGAGGACUAUGGCAGCUCCAGGAGGAAGUCAGGUGGGGACCAGAAGCUUGAACCCAGGUCCUUGCAUAUUGUAACAUUGUGGCUGUCCAGCUGGACUGAGUCUCCCAAGAAGGACAGAACAGGUGCCGACAGCAACACCGAGCCCAUGAUCCUGGAACAGUACGUGGUGGUGUCCAACUAUAAGAAGCAGGAGAACUCAGAGCUGAGCCUCCAGGCUGGGGAGGUGGUGGAUGUCAUUGAGAAGAACGAAAGCGGCUGGUGGUUUGUGAGCACUUCUGAGGAGCAGGGCUGGGUCCCUGCCACCUACCUGGAGGCCCAGAAUGGCACUCGAGAUGACUCGGACAUCAACACCUCCAAGAGUGGGGAAGUGUCCAAGAGACGCAAGGCCCAUCUGCGGCGCCUGGAUCGCCGGUGGACCCUGGGCGGGAUGGUCAACAGGCAGCACAGCCGAGAGGAGAAAUAUGUCACCGUGCAGCCUUACACCAGCCAAAGCAAGGACGAGAUCAGUUUCGAGAAGGGCGUCACCGUGGAGGUGAUCAGGAAGAAUCUGGAGGGCUGGUGGUACAUCAGAUACCUGGGCAAAGAGGGCUGGGCACCAGCAUCCUACCUGAAGAAAGCCAAGGAUGACCUGCCUGCCCGAAAGAAGAACCUGGCAGGGCCCGUGGAGAUCAUUGGAAACAUCAUGGAGAUCAGCAACCUGCUGAACAAGAAGGCGUCAGGGGACAAGGAGGCUCCGCCAGCUGAGGGCGAGGGCCCUGAGGCCCCCAUCACCAAGAAGGAGAUCAGUCUGCCCAUCCUCUGCAAUGCCUCCAAUGGCAGCGCCCUGGGAGUCCCCGAGAGGACUAGCUCCAAGCUGGCCCAGGGCUCCCCAGCUGUGGCCAGGAUUGCCCCUCAGCGGGCCCAGAUUAGCUCCCCAAACCUGAGGACAAGGCCUCCACCUCGCAGAGAAUCCAGCCUGGGGUUCCAGCUGCCCAAGCCGCCAGAGCCCCCUUCUGUUGAGGUGGAGUACUACACCAUUGCAGAAUUCCAGUCCUGCAUUUCUGACGGGAUCAGCUUUCGGGGUGGACAAAAGGCGGAGGUCAUUGAUAAGAACUCAGGUGGCUGGUGGUACGUGCAGAUUGGUGAGAAAGAGGGCUGGGCCCCAGCAUCCUACAUCGAUAAGCGUAAGAAGCCCAACCUGAGCCGCAGGACAAGCACCCUGACCCGGCCCAAAGUGCCCCCGCCAGCACCCCCCAGCAAGCCUAAGGAGCCUGAGGAAGGCCCAGCAGGCACAGGUGAGAGCCAGGACUCCCCACUGAAGCUGAAGUACGAGGAGCCUGAGUACGACAUCCCUGCCUUUGGCUUUGACUCUGAGCCAGAGCUGAGUGAGGAGCCGGCAGAGGACAGCGGCUCUGGGGACAAGCGGCCAUCCCAGCCCCUCCGGCCCUCACCCACCUCCUCACUGCAGCGGGCCCGGUUCAAGGUGGGGGGCUCAUCAGAGGAUGUGGCCCCCGAAGAAGAGACCAUCUAUGAGAAUGAAGGCUUCCGGCCCAGUGCGGAGGACAGUGACUCCCCAGGGGGCUCCCCACUAUCCCUUGCCAGGAAGAACUCCCCCAAAUCAGACUCCCCCAAAUCAUCAUCACUCUUAAGGCUCAAGGCAGAGAAGAAUGCACAGGCUGAGCUGGGGAAGAACCACUCCUCUGCCUCCUUUUCCUCCUCCAUCACUAUUAACACCACCUGCUCCUCCUCCUCCUCCACCUCCUCCUCUUCUUCCCUGUCCAAGAACAGCAGCGACCUGAAGCCCCGUUCUGCCUCAGACGCCGGCAUCCGAGGCACCCCCAAGGUCGGGGCAAAGAAGGACGUUGACCUGAAGGCCGGGCUGCCCUCCAGUGCCCGGGCCAAACCAUCAGUCCGGCCCAAGCCGUUCCUGAACCGCGCAGAGUCCCAGAGUCAGGAGAAGAUGGACAUCAGCACUUUGCGGCGCCAGCUACGCCCCACGGGCCAGCUGCAGGGCGGGCUCAAGGGCUCCAAGAGCGAGGACUCAGAGUUGCCUCCCCAGACAGCUUUCGAGAGUCUCAGUGAGGGGGCCCGGAGAGGCUCAGCUGACCCCAUCACACUUCCGGCCACGGCACCCCCAUGUCCCUCCAGGAAGGGACGCGAGGGCCAGGCCGCCGUCUAUACCACAUGCAGCGCCUACCAGAAGGUCCAGGACUCUGAAAUCAGCUUCCCUGCCGGUGUGGAGGUGCAUGUGCUGGAGAAGCAGGAGAGCGGCUGGUGGUACGUGAGAUUUGGGGAGCUGGAGGGCUGGGCCCCUUCCCACUAUCUGGUGCUGGGCGAGAACGAGCAGCCUGACCCAUUGGCGGGCAAGGAGCCAGACAUGGCCCCCGCCAAGAGCAAGCAGAACGAGGGCAAGUCCGACAGCCUGGAAAAGAUAGAGAAGCGAGUCCAGGCUCUGAACACAGUCAACCAGAGCAAGAGGGCCACACCACCCAUCCCCUCCAAGCCCCCCGGUGGCUUCGGCAAGACCUCGGGCACAGGCAACACCGUGAAGAUGAGGAACGGGGUGCGGCAGGUAGCAGUGAGACCCCAGUCCGUGUUCGUGUCCCCACCCCCCAAGGACAACAACCUGUCAUGCGCCCUGCGGAGGAAUGAGUCGCUCACGGCCACUGACGGGCUCCGGGGUGUCCGCCGGAACUCCUCCUUCAGCACUGCCCGUUCAGCUGCUGCUGAAGCCAAGGGCCGCCUGGCUGAGAGGGCAGCCAGCCAGGGUUCUGAGUCGCCUCUGCUGCCGGCCCAGCGCAAUGGCAUCCCCGUGUCCCCUGUGCGUCCCAAGCCCAUCGAGAAAUCCCAGUUCAUCCACAACAACCUCAAGGAUGUGUACGUGUCCAUCGCUGACUAUGAGGGAGAUGAGGAGACAGCCGGCUUCCAGGAGGGAGUGUCUAUGGAGGUCCUGGAGAGGAAUCCCAAUGGCUGGUGGUACUGCCAGAUUCUGGACGGGGUGAAGCCCUUCAAAGGCUGGGUGCCCUCCAACUACCUGGAGAAAAAGAAUUAGCAGAUGCGUCUGCAGGCCUUCCGGCCUGGGCGCGGGUGAGCGUGAUGUGGUGAGACGAAGACUAGUGGGGGUGGGAACGGGGUGGGGGGAGGGCAGAAUGCAUGGCAUCAGAGAUGCCCCCUCCCGCUGUCGCCCAGCUGGAAGGUUGAGCAGGAAGCACGCAGGGGAGCCCCAAGCUGAGGCCAGGAGCCCCACAUAUGUACCUAUGGUGACUUCACCGGUACAGUUAAAACCAUCUGGGAAAGACCAGGUGGGAAAGGCUGGUCGUGCCUUGGCUGCAGAUCUGGAGGACGACCGGUCUGCCCCACAGCCAAGCCUGGCCUCAGGCUGGCAUCUUGCUACCCAAGGAGCUCUUGUAUCAGCCUUUCUUUAGGGAUGGUGCUGUUAUAUUGGGAGUUAGCACCACCUGGUGGGUGGAGGGAGGGUGUUAGAAGGUACCAUUGCUCUGGGGCUUGGUGGCAUCUUCUGUGAACUUCAUGUGCCCUGGGACCAGGCUGCUGCCCAGCAUGUGUGAGGUGGGGAAGAAACAGUCCCACAGGUGCCAGCCAGAACCACCCGUCCCCUGGCUUGAGGCCAGCAGCGGAGGACAGUGAGGGCAGGCACAGUCGUGUCUCGCCUCAGUCUGCACACACUUCUUUUGGAUAUGCCUGGGGCCAAGAGGGCAGUUCCUUUGCAUGUUUUGGGGUGGGGGUUGGGGGGGUAUAUUUGUUGCUUUGGGGGCUUCUCUGUGGAGCUUCCAAGGGUUUGGGGGUCUUAUUUUAGAAGUCGUUUGGUGCCUAAGGAUGACCAGCCUUGUUGGAGUUGGUAAAUGGACAGAUCUCUCUGUUCUACUCGUUGGUGGGAGGCAGUGGGUCUUGCUCCCUAUUCUUCCCUUCCACAAGCUAAAGCCAUUUUGUUUGGUCUCCACUGUGUGGUCAGUGCCUAAGCACGGAGCUUGCCGAGCAAGGGGCUAGGGACUGGGGAGACCCUGAGCCCCAGACACAGCAAAGCAGAGACUCUGUUCUUCUUGUCCAGCCUCAGGGAGGCAAAGCCCUCCCCAGGAGGGAGGGGGUGUUGUUCAGAAGAAAAGGCAGCUGGUGGCCGCUGCAUGAACACCCCAUCUGGGCAGGAUCGCAAGCCUUAUUGUGAACUGUGGAGAUGCAGCCAUUGUUUCCAACCUGGACUGAGGGGACUCCUAGAUGGCCCCAGCCACCGAAGUCAGACUGGAGCAAACACCACAGCCACCUCCUGGCCUGAAGAUGGUGGAGUAGCCCUGAGCCAGGAGCUGCCCAGCCUUCCCCAGGGGCAGUGCCCUGGUGGAGAGAAGUGAGACAAUAAAAUCCCUGUCUACUCUG